UUUUCGAAAACGCGAUCCAUUACGGGUAAACAACUUCGCUAUACUUCUUUAAUGGUAAAUAGAUAUUCACAUUUCUCUAUUCUUCCUCAGGCAAGCUUUAGUGUAAAAACAGCUACAUUAGGAAUAAAACAUCCUUGUGGGGAAAUAAUCCUGUCCUUUUUCCAGACUCUAGAUCGAUCAAAUCCUGGGGCGUGUCGUCAUACUCGACCUAUUGACCUACCCCGGUUGGCCCGUUUACUCCGUUCAUUGGGAGCCAAUCGUUUGCGCUGAAUAUUCCCGUUCCUGGCUUAGAAUGGUAAUGAGCAGUUACAUCCUACCGACUUCUAUCAGAGAAGCUGCCAAGUUUUCCUGCUUGAAUUCGCCUCAUCUAGCCCAUCUUAUGGCUGAUGCAAUCAUGUCAAUGUCAUCUAAUCUCCAUGUUCAUGAUGUAGUGAGCCAAGUGCCCAUGCCACCCCGUUACAUCCGCAAUUCUUAAACGUUACCUGGACCUAUUAUAAAAAAUGCCGACGCUCCUGUAUCCGCAAGUACCGUGAUACUUCUGCCGUCAUUGGCCCUUGGAUUAAUCCUGUGUGCAUUUUGGCUGCCCCUGGAAGCCUCAAAAGGGUUGCUAUGUGACCUCAUAUCCAUAUAUGAAGAUGCCAUCCCCCCUCCAUUGGUCAUCACUAUGCAUGGAGUGGCGAUAUCUUUCCAUGCGGUGUGUUUGAGAAGAGAACCAUUUACGCGACACUAGGAUGCUAUUUCACCAUGACAUUUACCAAAGUCCUCAAUAGCAAUCCUGAUCUCGGAAGUCGACGAAACGAGACUUCGCGCCCAAGAUUUAAUUCGCUGGUCACAUCAGAUCGUCUAAGAGAAGGCUCAAGACUACCGACAUUUUCCAUGGGGAGCAGCAUCAGGAAAGGACGACGAUCAAUAUUUAAGGAAGUAGGAUUGACCGCGGAAGAACGAGAAAGUCAACAAAAUAUAAGCUCCAAGACACACGAAGGUGACGCCGGUGAAAGGAUUAAGCCAUCCACAGAAAUAGCAUCGCCGGUGGAAACGAGAUCUUCUAGUGGGCAAGGUUCACCGAGGGGAAAGUCGAAGUGGUUGUCUAAAUUGGCACCGUCGAGGCGCCCGAGGAUGAAAACUACUUCCAGUGCGCCACCUCCCACCAUCAUAGGGCUUCAUAGGCUCUCCAUGAUCGCUCUGCUUAUCGCAAUUGUUCUUCCCACCAUUAGUUAUAAUAACGGCCGUAAAAAGGUUGAGAUCAGCGGCGCAGACGCAGGCGUAAUUCUCAAAAGUAGAGAGGAUAGUCCUACCGACGUCUGUACAAGGUGGGCCGGCCAAAGUGCUUUGAUUAAUGGGACGGUAUACAUCUACGGCGGUCGGUCAAAGGAUAACGGAGAUCAGCAAACGAACACAUGGAACAACGACUUCAUAACCCUUGAUCUCACCAAAUCAUGGGAUAUCAACUCACCGGCCCUGUCAGGUCUCCCUAGACCAUCAGGUCCGCCAGCGGUAUCUCUUGGCUACCUCUGGAACGACUUGGACCAUCUAUAUCUCUACGGCGGCGAGUUUUCCGACAGUCCUAUUGUGCAACCAUCGCCAGUCUCUACGUGGAUGUAUGAUGUAGCUUCAUCAACAUGGUCAGAAUUCCAAGACCCUAGGACUUCGGCCGGCAACUUUUCAGAUCCCGAAGGCACUCCCGUACAACGGGCGGCGGAAGGCGCUGGAAUCUCCGUACCUGAGUUAGGUAUUAGUUGGUAUUUCGGCGGCCACCUAGAUUGGGCUACUACGCCAGGAUGGACGAACCAGAUUGACCGUGUUUAUUUGAAGAGCUUACUUGAGUUCACGCAUCCGGGAUAUGCAAACUCCGGGGUUGACUCACUCCAUUCUUCUGGCGCCCCCUCAGGCGGCGCUUACAGAAACAUUACAUGGGGCGGCAUUCAAAACCAGGAUGGCUUCACCGAGAGAGCUGACGGUGUUCUCGUUUACGUCCCCGGUUGGGCUCCGAGGGGUAUUCUACUGGGACUUGGUGGAGGGGUGGUCGGAGAACACGAAACCACCGACGCAUUCUCUUCCAUGAGCACCAUUGAUGUUUAUGAUAUAAAAACCAGUACUUGGUAUCACCAAGAGACGUCCGGUGAAGCACCUCAGGUACGAGUAAAUCCAUGCGCAGUUAUCUUCUCGGCCCCCGAUGCGAGCUCGUUUAAUAUCUAUAUGUACGGCGGACAGAACCUACUCCCGUAUGGAAAUCAAACUCAAUACACGGACAUAUGGAUUUUGACUGUACCCUCAUUUACUUGGAUUAAAGUAGAUACUUCAACCAGCAAGGAGCCACCAGCCCGAGCCGGUCAUCAAUGUGCUGCCCGAGAUGGUCAGAUGAUCGUGAUUGGUGGCUAUGUCGGCACUGAGAUUGCUUGUGACAAGCCUGGUAUCUACAACUUCGGUGCUUCGAACUUAGAGUGGAAAGAUUCUUUCGAUGCAGCAGACCACCCGGCAGACGAUCACCCAGAAAACAGCAUCCUAGCUGGUAGCUACGGUUAUAAGGUACCCGAUAUAGUUCAAUCGAUAGUAGGCGGUUCAUCCGAUGGUGGCGCGACAGCAACGCAACCAGCGUCUGGCCCUGCUACAGACGGACCUUUCAAAACCGGCACACCGCCGGUGUUUACUAUUACGGCACCGGGCAGCACCGCAACCGUGACAAACGGCGACUCAAGGCCUGGCGACUCACCUUCAUCACCCGCCGGUGCGAAUGGUGGCUUAAUCUCCGCAGGCGUAAUAGCAGGCCUAGCGGGUCUGGCAGCAGUCUAUCUCGGAUUCUGCACAUGGCUGUACCGUCGCCAGGUGGCCGCGUAUAAGCAGCAUAUGGCUAUCGUAAACCGAGACUCUGGUUCUAUAGAUGGAGAAAAGGGCUUCGCAGCGGCCGUCGCCGGGAUGCGCGAGAAGCUACGCAAGAGCCACCGCCCCGGAUCCCCCGGCGGCUCUGGUGAGCAGUUCGGGUGGGUAGGCCGCCAGAGCGAACAGAAGCGGACGGCCGGCGAUGAUCCAAGUUCUGGUACAUCCGGAUCGGGCUCGGGCUAUGGCUGGUCGCGGCCUAGUGAUGACGGCCCCUGGGCAUAUGAUAGCUACCUCAGCGGAGCGGCAGGCGCAGGAGGCAUCGGACGCUCUAAGAGCGGCGCAAGUCGCAGUACGGCUGGGUCGGCAGACGCGCUACUAGAUGGACGGCAACCGAAUUUCAUUAGCGUCGUGUUGGCGCCCAGGCGUGCCUUGCGCGUUGUUAACGGGAUAGAAGAUCAGCAAUGAUGUCUACCUUCUUUCUCGCUUGCUUCUCUUUUUUCUUUUUGGUCGUUGACUCUAAAACAUUAAUAUCUUGGCAAAAAGCUCUGGUGAAAAGUCCUAACGAGAUGGAUGAAUGAUAUACGAGGAAUGAUCUGCACACGAGUCCUGUUCAUUGGGGGGGCUUUUUUUGCUUGGUUUGGUUCAGGUCGUUUUUUCGGUCUGUUGAAUAGUUGUACGAUACCCAGAUUCGUUACGAGGUUUUACUAGAAAUAUGGUAAAUAAUUA